CCUCAAUGUCAGAUUUGAUGUCAAAUAUGGCUUUUGGUUUUGCGGAACGAGAAACCCGUCGUCGACGAAGUCAAUUCGGCCUGUCCGUACCCACUCAUGAGCACUGAGUCCUGGCCCAUCAUGCGGUUGCUCGGAAGACUAUCUGGUUAAGGCCAAUGACAUGACUCCAGCCAGCACGAUCGUCCUGGAACUGGGCCAGUUCCUCCAACGUAACCCGUCUAAUCAUUGCCCUGCCUUGCUGCGUUCAGGGCCCUCUGUCAAAGCACUUCGAGCAUGCGCUCGAGACGCGUCAUUCUGACUCCAACCUUCGUCAUGUACUACUCUAGCGUAUAUGGUGAUUUGUGGACCGAUUCUGUCGGUCAUUAUAUUUCGUCUUCGCACUCCCUAGAGCAUCAUCUUCCCAUCUACCAAUUUCAAUUCGGACCCAACCCAUCCCAGGACUCAACUUUCCUUGCAGCUGCUCGAACUGCUGUUAUUAUGUGCAACAGAGCACACGAGAUCCCUCUUUGAAACCGUCAUCAAGCUCACCCAGAAAGGUCACUGGCGAUGGCCUCGCAGACAGUGGAAGAACAAUGCUCCGAAGACCUUGUCCGAAUUCGGAUUGACAGUCUCCCGGACCAUGACGUCCUCAUUCCACCGCUUCCGUCAACGAUGUUAAACGGUCGAGCUGAAGAGAACGAUCGAAGCCUACCUGGAUUGACAGAAAGCCGCACAUUCCGUAAGCAGACGACCGAGGAGACAUACUCGUCGGAAAGAACGAGAACGAGAGCGUCAUGAUACCGUACACCAUCCAAGACGCCAUCCAAGAUGCUGC